CAGCCAGGCACCUCAAUAAGAUCUUCUUUCUUACCAGUACCUACAUUUUACUCAGUGAUCCUCAAAAUUUAAUGUGCCUAAGAACUACCUGGGAACGUUUCUUGGAAUGCUUAUUACAAGACACCACCCCCAAGAAAUUCAGAAUCAGUACCUCUGAGUAGAACCUAUUCACCUGCAUUUUAACUUGGAAAAACAUUGCUUCAGCCCAAAGGAAAGAAUCUCAGGUGGUGGCAUGUCAUUUCUGAUCUGGAGAUCAGCAGGAGAUUCUCAGGAGUGAAUAUCGUUCUGGUAAUCCUCAAAUAACAUCAGAGUAGUUGGGUAUUGUGUAGGUUUACUUGUGACUCUUAAGACUGUUUAUGCCUGUGAGAAUACAUUUAUUUAUACCUAGUAAUUAUACGAGAUUAUAUGCGAGGAGUCUUAAGAGAUAUGCCAGACAUUGUGUAUUCUCCAUGCUUUCUCUCAGUUCUUUUUUAUGUUCUGUGACUUUGAGAGGGAAGUAAGGAACAUCAAGGACAAGUAAGAGAGGCAAGGGGGGCCUUUAGCAUAAUCUCCAAGAACUGCAGAUGCCCAGGCAUUGUGAUGGCGAAUAUGCUUAUUUCAUUGGCAAUGGAUGGUUAGCUGUCAAUGAACCAGAGCAGAAGACCAGAACGGAAACCAUGACACCCACCCCACCGUAAAUUUGGGUUUCCUCCAAAACCAUUUCCCCUCUGUAUGUAGAUGCAAUGAGCUGGAGAGAGGAUAUAAGUAGACUUCAGGAAGCUCCCUCCACACUCUAGAACCUGAGGCGACCAUUUCUGAGCUGGUUGUCUCUGCUUUUGGUCAGACCUACCUUCAGUCCCAUGGGAGGCUUUGAAGGUCAUUUGUACCCCGGACUGUCUCUCUUCUUCUAUGGACUUUAUCAUGCACGACUAGUCUCCAGGGCCUUGAUAUGCAACUACCCUGUCCAGUAUCUGCCACGCCAUCCCUGGAGCAAAGGAAGAUGGGCAAGGCUGAGACAAAUACACUAUGUUGGGCUGGUGAAGAUAUUAAGUGCCUGCAUUUUAGUAGUUCAAGAGCUGCAUAACAUACAUGGACAGUUUGUACUCAUCAGCAAGAUAUAUCAUCAGAGAAACUUUUUGUACCGCAAACAGUGGCAGCAUCUCACUCUAUAUAUGACCUUCUUCCUGAGCGGGUGUGUAGAUGUGGUGAGCCAGAACGUGCUACCCCAGAGGUGUGCUGCUCUGGAGCAAGGUGCCCAAGCCCUGGGCAUGUUUCUGUUUCUGCCUCUGAUGGUGUCUCACAUGCAGGACUCAGAAGGUGUGGAGCUGCAGUCUCACAUCCUGCUCACUCAGGCCAUAUUCCUGCUGGCGUUGGUGGUGAUCGCAGAGCUGUGGGCCCCUGAUAUGCUGCAACUCUGGGUGAUGAAGGCCUUUUUUUAUAUGAUGACAGGCUCUUGGCUGAUUCAGAUAGGCUUUAUGCUGUACAAACCAAUUUCUGGUUAUAAAUGGAUGGAUGAUGACAAAAACAACAUUAUAUUUGUCACCACCUUCUUCUGCUGGCAUGUGGCUUCCAUUGCCAUUUUGAUGAUCUGGGUCUAUGGCUUCUCUUUUUUGUGGUAUUGUUACAUUUGUUGAUGUUUGAACCUGGGUAAGCCAGGAAUGGUUUCUGUCACCUGCACAUUCUGGAAUACCUGGAAGAGAAGUUGUGGGAAGUGCAGGUGUCAGAGAAGAUGACUGAGGUAACAGACUCUGCUGGGAUGGGCAUACCCUUCACCCCUUCUGGCUUUUCUUAGUCUCAUUUGCUGAGCAGGGUGCAGAGGCAAGACAAAUGAAACACAAGAGAUAUGUGACUAUGACCUUCAUUCUCAGCUUCCCAACUAUUUCCCCCACCUCCCUACUCUCUCCUCAACUCCAACCAAGGCAUUCUGCUUGCCUUGCUCGUCUCUGUAUUCUUCACAUCCCUCCCAGGAGAGCAUGAAAAUAAAUGAACUAUAUCCUGUC